AUGUGGGAUCCCAGCGUCCCACACUACACUGGUUUGGUAUUCUUAAAGCUCUUCCACGAGUGUGGUGUGGGACUACUCCACACUGAAAUCCCACAAAAUAUUGGAAUAAUUUUAAGACUGUCUGACUGUCUUGAGAUAUCUCAACCUGCUGUGUCUCGAUGCAUCAGUCGUGUAUCUAAAGCAGUUGGAAUGCUUGGCCAUCAAAUCAUCAAGAUGCCAGCACCUAAUGAAACCCUGCAGGUGAUGGAGCACUUUAAAAACAUUGCUGACAUGCCUGGAAUCAUAGGUUGUAUAGAUUGCACACAUAUCCAGAUAACUAAACCUCCAGGAGAUCGUUCAGAGACAUUCUGGAACAGGAAAGGAAAGUUCUCUAUAAAUAUGCAGGCAGUUUGUGGACCACAAUUACAGUUUUUCAAUAUAGUAGCAAAAUGGCCUGGUAGUGCACAUGACAGCAACAUCUUUAAUAAAAGUCGUUUGUGUGCGGAGAUGGAGGAAGGAAUACAUAGAGGUAUAUUGCUAGGUGACGCAGGCUAUGCUUGCAGAAAUGUUUUGUUCACACCUCUCAGAAACCCACAGAGUGUUCAGGAGCGUAGGUACAACACAGCUCAGGUCAAAACCAGAAAUUGUAUAGAGAGAGCUUUUGGUGUUUUGAAGAAGCGUUUUGCUUGUCUCGGUAAAACUUUGUGCAUCAGUCUGGACAACACCUUAGCAGUCAUUGUUGCAGCAGCUGUGCUACACAACAUAGCCAUUCAAGAAAAUAUUCCCCUAACAGAUGAAUCUGAAAUGGAUCAAAACCAUGAUCAUGAGGCAGAAAAUUACUCUGAAAUGCAGGCUCAGGAUACAGAACACAUCAUUUUCCGAGGAUGCAUCGAAGCUAAGGAUGAUAGAGCUUCACCUGUGUCACCGGUAGAAGCUGAAGGUGGUUUUGGAUUACUGACGGGGGCAACUGGUGAUGAACUGUAUGAUGGGGAUGUCACUGAUUGA